AGGCAAGCGGGUGACGAACCAGGAGAACUUGGGGCGCUGUUGGAUCUUCGCGGCCCUGAAUGUCAUGCGGCUGCCGUUCUGCAAGAAAUACGCCAUCGACGACUUCGAGUUCUCGCAGAGCUACUUGUUCUUUUGGGACAAGAUCGAACGGUCCCACUACUGGCUGAACAAUAUUGUCGCCACCGCGAAGCAGGGCGAGGAGUUGGACGGCCGGCUCGUCAACUUCUUAUUAAAGGACCCAAUAAACGACGGCGGGCAAUGGGACAUGAUCGUGAACCUCGUCAACAAAUAUGGCGUCAUGCCUAAGAAGUGCUUCCCCGAAUCAUUCAGCUCGAGAAAGAGCUUACAUAUGAACGCGCUCAUCAAGACUAAGCUUCGCGAGUUUGCAAAGGAGCUACGCGACUUAGUGGCCAAGAAGGUGUCUGAUGAUGACAUCCAAGCAGCCAUCAACCGACAGAUUGGUGUCAUCUACCAUAUCGUUGCCACUUGCCUGGGAACUCCCCCGGCGAAGUUCACCUUCGACUUCUACAAUAAGGAGAAGGCGUACAACACGUUCGGCAGCCUCGCCCCCAAGGAGUUCUACGACAAACACGUCAGGCCGCUGUUCGAUGUCGACGAUAAGGUGUGUCUGGUGAGCGACCCUCGAGCCAGCAACCCGUUCGGGAGGUUAUUCACCCUGCAGUGCCUCGGCAACGUGGUCGGCGGCCGCCAGACCGCCUACAACAACCAGCCCAUCGAGACACUCAUACAAGUGGUGAAGGACAGCAUAGCGGGCGGCGAGGCAGUGUGGUUCGGCUGCGAGGUCAGUAAACGCUUUGAGCGGAAGAACGGACUCGAAGACUUAGACGCGCAUGAUUACAAGCUGGUGUUCAACACGGAGGUGCAAAUCGGGCUGCAGAAGGCGGACCGACUCCAUUAUGGGGACUCGUGCAUGACGCAUGCUAUGGUCUUCACCGCUGUUGGAACUGAUGAAAAUGGCAAGCCGACCAAGUUCCGGGUGGAAAACUCGUACAGCGACAAGGAGUACGAUAAGGGAUACCUCCUGCUCACCGAACCUUGGUUCAGAGAAUUCGUUUUCGAGGUGGUGGUAGACAAGAAGUACGUGCCAGCGGAAGUGUUGGAGGUGUUCAAGCAGACGCCGCAAGUCCUGCCGGCCUGGGACCCCAUGGGCACCCUGGCGUGCCCCCUGUGCUCUGAGGAAUAACCAUAACGGCCGUGUGGCAACAAUGGUGUACCUGUUGCGGGCGGUUUUUCGUUUACAUGAUACUAUAGCACAAUCCACUGUAUACAUUAGAGAUGCCACGAAUAUUCGGCAACUAUUCGGUAUUCGGCACUUUGCCGAAUAUUUGGUUUGCCCCCGAAUGUUGCCUUUGACUUUCAUUAAAAUUAAAGCUGCGUUUUCAUUUAGUGUUCUGGGUGCCUCGCCAAGGCGACAAUUGCUAGCGCUACGACAAAGAAGCGCUUUGUCUCUCUAUCACUCUUCCAUAUUAGUGCGACAGUGACAGUUGCGUUUCGUUCAGUUUGGAAACACUUGCUUACUUAACGCAAUACCAACUGGCGACAGAGAUCAUAAUACCAUCUCCUUUACCCUUGUUAAGACCAACCAAGAGUGAAAGCGAUGGCAUUGUGACCUGACUCGCCACUUAGUUUUGCGGCAAGUAUAAUAGUGAUUGGGAAGAGCAAACAUUUGCUCAACAUAAAAUAUUUGCUCAGAACACUAAGUGGCCGUAUUAGCUGCUAAAAACCCCAGUAACAGCCGUAUUUGAACUCUACAUCAAGUAAUGAUAGGGUAUAAAAUCGAAUGAAACUUUUGGACCACGAAGUAUACGUAUUAUAUUCCGUGCAAUAGCUUAAAUCAUCUUAUGUUGUGUUCAUUAUAAAUAAGUCUGUAUGAUGGAGCAGACCACAUUGCCCAUAAUAGUUAAAUAUUUUCGUUACACCAGGCGGCUUAGCACGGUCGCGUUUUUAUCCCUUGUCACCAUGCCUGUCAUGUUCUAACAAGUAUGUAAGUGCGAAAGGGACGCGCAUAGUGAUAGUCGAUAAAAAUGGAAACGUGCUGAGCCCGCAGGAUAAUGUGUUCAUAUCAUGUUUUCACGAAUCAUGAUAGUAUGGUAUUAUGAUCCUACAGCAAUAGUUAAGUAUAGUCUGUCGAUUUGUAACUGGCCCCGAGCCGAUAAUCCUUUGUCUAUUGUUAAGUAAAACCGCACGUGCCUCUCUCUACCUCUAAAAAAGGGUCGUGUAAUUCUCUACGGUUAGUGAAUGCUGGCGAGUCGAACCAGUCUAAAAUGUGUCAUCCAGAUGCGUAACAAAGGCGCGUUAUCGGAGAGCGCACCUACACUGGAUUUUUGAACAUUUGACUAGCCCGCGCUAAGGUGCCAAUUGUUAAUUAAGACCCUUUUUUGCAGGUAAUUAGCACGUGCAGUUUUACUUAACAAUAGACAAAGGAUUAGCAGUUCGGGGCCAGUUACAAAUCGACAGACUAUACUAAUCUAUGCCAUUUCCUUGUUUUACAGACCGGAUCUUGUAUAAUGAAUGUGAGACCCACAGAUGAUCAAUAUUGGAUGAUACCACAUAAUUCAGAUAAUUUAGGUGGCUCAAGUUAAGGCUGCUUGCGACUGAUUUUCUAUUACUUAAGCUACUUAAGUAAGAAUUCAUACUUAUUAACUAGAUUUAGUACCACUUUUAGUACCAAAUUAAGCUACUACUAGAAAACUUACCAACCGUCUGUUAUAUACUGUCUGAAUUAAGUGGUAGGCAUUAUUUUGUUCAAGUUGAUCGUCUAUUAUGGUCCUUGCGGUGCCGUGAAUUUUUACUUUUAUACAGCAGUGUUUGUAAUGACGAGUUGUUACCAUAAUAAAGAUAUUAGUAUAA